GGAGAGAAUAAUUUCCUUAAACCAGAACAGGAAUGGACUAUACUUGUCCCCGAUCUGAAGUAAGGCAUCAAAGCUCAAAGGCACCCCCACUCCAUCGUCUCCCAAACAUAUAUCAUAACAACAUUCCCAUCAAAAUUCAAAACCAAACCCUAAAAAUUAAAAUUCAACUUCAAUCCUCAGAAAAACCCUAAAAAAAUUUAUAAACCAUUCAACGUAAUCUCUUUUAUUUUGCUUUAAAAGAAAAUAAAGUUCUGUUAAUUAGCCCAAUUCCCACCAUCAGCAGCUCAUGGACCUUCAACGCGCUAUGCUAGAUGAACUCAUGGGUGCAGAUCGUAAUUUGACGGAGGAAGAGAGAAAAGAUUACAAGGAAAUAACAUGGGAUUCAAAGGAGGUUUGUGCCUAUUACAUGGCUCGGUUUUGUCCUCAUGACCUCUUUGUCAACACCAAGAGUGAUCUUGGACCAUGUGAUAGAGUUCAUGAUCCAAAGUUGAAAGAAAGCUUUGAGAAGUCCCCAAGUCAUGAUGCAUAUCUUGCCAAAUUUGAAGCUGAACUUGCUCUGAGAUGUGAGAAAUUGGUUAUGGAAUUGGAUAGAAGAGUUAGGCGUGGACGAGAACGCCUAGCUCAAGGGGAUGAACCAGUAGCACCUCCUUCGCUGUCAGCUGACAAGUCUGAACGGUUAUCUGUGGUGGAAGAGAAAAUAAAAAACCUACUGGUGCAAGUGGAAGCCCUUGGUGAAGUUGGGAAGGUGGAUGAAGCUCAAGCUCUUAUGAAAAAGGUGGAUGAACUUAAUGCUGAGAAAGCACUGAUUCAAUCCCAGAAUGAUAAAGUAUUGGUGGUUCCACAGGAGAAAAAGAUGGCUUUGUGUGAGAUUUGUGGUUCUUUUCUAGUUGCGAAUGAUGCUGCAGAGAGAACUCAGUCUCAUGUCACAGGGAAGCAGCACAUUGGAUACGGGAUGGUCCGGGAUUAUAUCACCGAGUACAAGGAAGCUAAGGAGAAGGCAAGGGAAGAGGAAAGACUAGCAAGGGAAAAAGAAGCCAGAGAACGGAAGAAACCAAGGGAGAAGGAAUAUGAGAGUAGUAGGAGGAGGAGUGAUUCAGGUGAUAGGGAUCGGUAUAGAGAAAGGGAGCGGGACCGGGACCGAGAUCGUGAAAGGUCAAGGGAGUGGAAUGGUAGGGGCAGUCGAGGUGAUUGGAGGACUAGGAAUGGAAGAGAUGGUGGGAAGGAUAGGCACCGUUUUCGGAGCAGGUCACGUUCCCCUGUUAGGCACGAUCGCAGGAGGUCACCUAGAAGUCCAGUUCGCCCAUAUUAGAGGAUUAUGUUGAUAUAUAUAUCUGAGUUUAAAAUCAUGAGCUUUAUUGAGAGUUUUCCUCUCUUUCAUCAAAUAUUUUUAGAGGAGGAAAGGUUGGAGGUAGGUAUUACUUAAUGCUGUUGUGACUACUUUAUGGUUGAACUAUAUUUUUUUUAUGCAUUUGUCUGUGUAGCAUGGCUUCAGAGUCUAGUAUUUGUCUUCUAUCUUUCUUCAUUGAUGUUCUCAUGUACUUAAGAGGACAGAUUCAAAAUAUGUGCUUGAGUGACACUGCGGCUGAUACUGAUGAUGGUUUAGUGUCUCAAUCUCGAGGUAACAAAUAAAUCUUAUUUUCUAACAACUCGUGUCGAUAGGUUGACCUCUCCUUAUCAUAGACUUUUUUUUUUUCCAGAAACCCAAAGUUGGACUAUUUUUGCUUGCAACCACUGCUUGUUAACUAGACAGGGAAAGAAAUUUGGGAAUUGCAAUCCCCGGUGCUAUUAACCAUGUCCCAUUUCAAGUCAGCUUGCAUUUCAUUGUUAGCUCAUUGAUGAUCUAGUAAGUAGGAAAGCUCAAAUCCCCACUUAUUUUGCCUUUGCCAUUGUCAUAUGAAACUCAAAGUGACUGGGUGGUGUGAGCGCUUUGCAAAUAAAUAGGCAGUCUUUGAGGCCAGCUAGAUUGUGUUUUUGGGUGGGUGGAUGACCAGGAAACCUUAACUAUUCAGUUUCAUGGGAUAGCAGGUUUUUCGUUUUACAGAGUAGUGGGUGCCUUUGGAGUAAAAAUUUCAAAAGCCAGGAUCGGCCAAGUAUAGGUAACUGCCCUUUACAUAGUAUUUUUUAGAGCUCAGAUGUCUCUUAAAAAACUCAAUUGUUUGAACAGUAUUUUUUAUGCUUGCUUGAAAAUCUACUUCAGUGGACUGGAAUCGGAUGCACUUUAACUUGAAAUGGUGUGGUACCUCGAGGUAACUUAAAUCUAUAUGAUAUAUCAAAUAGCAUAUUUCUGUUCCAGCCUGCAGGAAAGACAUGUAAUCGGUUGAACUUGGAUGGCUGAGUUGCCGGGGGUAAGUAAGGACCUGAUGUGAUUUGGGGAUGUUUUGUGCAUGGGAAUGGGAUAUUAAAAUCUGGCUGGUGCCAUCUUAUUGAAAUUGAACAAUGUCAGAUUGGAAAAUUUGUAAUGACAAUUUGCGGUUGGAAAGUUUUGCGACCUUGCAAUGCUUGAACUAAACUAAUGUUGUAAUUCUAGCAUAUGGAUUUUGUUUCA